AUGUUAGUAUUGGAGUUACUGUUAAUAGUAUUGCCUGCAGUGACGUGCAAGAAUCCUAGCCUUCAAUGUGACUUUCGGAAGCCUCUUCCUAUUCAGCACACCUAUCAUCAGCUUGGAGACAUUAAUAUUGCUGGCAUUAUUUCUGUAUUAUCAACAUAUUCUGAUCCCAUUGAUUUCAGUCAAGAUCCUUCUCAGGGAUUUCAAGAUGGACUUCUAAUAAUUUUUCAGAAUUACCAGCAUAUCCUGGCUUUAGUGUUUACUAUAAAGGAGAUCAAUGAAAAUCCACAAAUCUUACCCAACAUCACUCUGGGCUUCCACAUUUUUAACAGCAAUUUUAGUCCAAGCUGGACUUACUUUGUCUCAAUGCUUCUGCCUUUCACUCAGGGCAAAUUCAUCCCUAACUACAAGUGUGGGAUCACAAAUACCUUGGCUGCAGUCAUUGGGGCACCUGACAUCUCUCUUCACAUGGCAACUGUGCUGUGCAUCUACAAAGUUCCUCAGGCAUUACCUUUAUCUUUGUGUAAUGAUCCUUGUGAGACAGGACACAGCAAGGUCAAGAAAGAAGGAAAGUUGUUUUGUUGCUAUGAUUGUCACCUAUGUCCAGAGGGGAAAAUAACAAAGGAGAAGGAUGUAGAUGACUGCUCUCCAUGUCCAGAAGAUCAAUAUCCAAAUCCUGGGAAAAAUAUGUGCAUUCCAAAGCAGAUCAUCUUUUUGUCCUAUGAAGAACCCUUAGGGAUCAGUCUGACUGUUCUUUCUCUUUUCUUUUCUUUAAUGACAACUUGGAUAAUAACAGUCUUCAUGAAACACAAGCACACUCCCAUCGUCAAAGCCAACAACCAGAAUCUCACUUAUACACUCCUACUUUCUCUUCUCCUCUCUUUCCUUUGUGUCUUUCUAUUUGUUGGGAGACCCAAUACGAUUGUGUGUCUCUUUCGACAACCAGCUUUUGGACUCAUCUUUUCUGUGGCAGUUUCUUGUGUCUUGGCCAAAACAUUUGUUGUGGUUUUAGCAUUCAUGGCCACCAAACCUGGAUCCAGAUUGAGGAAAUGGGUUGGGGGAAGGAUGGUCAGUUUCAUUCUUCUAUCCUGCUCCCUUAUUCAAAUAUGUGUUUGUGCUGUAUGGCUGAUAAUGUCCCCACCAUACCCAGAUUUUGAUACGCAGUCAAUGUCUGAAGAAGUCAUCUUGGAGUGCAAUGAAGACUCCGUCAUGUUCUAUUGUGUUUUGGGCUUUAUGGGUUUUCUUGCUCUCCUUAGCUUCUGUGCUGCUUUCCUAGCUAAGAAUUUACCUGACAGUUUCAAUGAAGCCAAAUACAUCACCUUCAGUAUGUUGCUCUUCUGCAGUGUUUGGUUGUGUUUUAUUCCAACCUAUCUAAGCACUAGGGGAAAAUAUACAUUGGCUGUGGAGAUCUUCUCCAUGAUCUCCUCCAGUGCUGGAUUAUUGGUGUGCAUCUUUUUUCCCAAGUGUUUUAUCAUUGUGAUGAGACCUGAGCUGAAUGAUAAACAUCAGCUCAUGAAAAGGAAGUUUUAA